CUGCGCGCUCUCGCGCUCAGAACGCGCAACAAGCGGAUGGAGAGAGUGAGAGAGAGGGAGCGACGGAUGCAAGGCGAGGCCAAGAGCGGGAAACCGGAUCGCUCCGGGAUACCUGUCUUUUGUCUUUAAGCUUUGCUUUCCCUUCUUUGACUGAAGCUCAAACACGACGCGCGAGCAGCAUCCCGCCCGCCCGCGCGCCCGCCUCCCUCAGCAUCCGUCCUGAUGUGAUGCUGCGUCUCCUCCGGGUUCUUCACGGAAACGCGGGGAGCUUCUCAUCACGUCCACGUCAGACGAAGAUGCUCCUGAGCGGCGACAUCCAGCCGACUAUGACGAGCGGCGGCGGGCCUCGGUGAGCGGCGGGCAUCGACGGAGGGCGCGCGGCGGCAGCGGCGGAUCGUGCAAUAAUUUGCAUGCAGUUGUUGUUUUCGUCGCGCAUUUGGCAUCAUCCAUUCAUCGGAGCUGAAGGCCUGCAGCCCGCAGCACAUCUGGACACAAACCCGUGGGAAUUAUGAAACCGACGUGACGCACAGUCACACGACGCAGCGGGGAACACGUCGACGGUAACGGAGGGAGGGCGUGAGGUCCGGCGGAGCCGCCGAGCGCAGGUGGAGGACGCCCAGCCAGCCAGCCGCGGAUGGACACACUGCGCUAACGUCUGCCGUGUGACGCCGCAGUUCGGCCCAUCGCGCGUUUCCCUCUGAGCGUGGACGUUUUUCAUGCAACCGGACAUAAGGGAGCGCGAGGCAGCGAGAGACAACAGCGGGCGAGGCAGCGGAGAGGAAUGCGGGAAACGCAGUGAGCGCGGAGGAGGAGGAGGAGGGGGAGAGGGAACCGGAGACCUGACGGCUCACCUGCUACUAGCUUGACUACACAGUCCUAACUCCUGUCGUCCAGCAUGGCCCUGUCACUGUGGCUUGUCGGAGUGUCUGUUUUCACUCUGGCUCACGUGACCCCCUCUGACCAAGCUAUGUCCCGGGCCGCCAUGCCCUUUGGAUUGCUACGCAGAGAGCUAGCAUGUGAGGGUUACCCCAUAGAGCUGCGCUGCCCAGGAAGUGACGUGGUUAUGGUGGAGACCGCCAACUAUGGACGCACUGAUGAUAAGAUAUGUGAUGCAGACCCCUUCCAGAUGGAGAACACACAGUGUUAUCUUCCUGAUGCCCUUAAGAUCAUGUCCCAGAGAUGCAACAACAGGACUCAGUGUGUGGUGGUCGCCGGGGUCGACGUCUUCCCAGAUCCCUGCCCCGGAACAUACAAGUACUUGGAGAUCCAGUAUGAGUGUGUACCUUACAAAGUGGACCAAAAAGUUUUCGUGUGUCCUGGUUCCCUAUUCACCAUCCAGCCAGCCUCAUCAGUCCUGGAUGCAGAGCAUCAGUCGGGGGCCUGGUGCAAAGACCCCCUGCAGGCUGGUGACAGGCUGUAUGUUAUGCCUUGGACACCAUAUAGGACAGAAGUGCUGUAUGAGUAUGCUUCUUGGGAUGACUACAAGCAAAACAGAGUCACCACCACCUAUAAGCUGCCCAGCCGUGUGGACGGCACUGGCUUCGUGGUGUACGAUGGCGCUGUAUUCUAUAACAAGGAGCGAACACGCAACCUUGUCAAGUAUGAUCUCCGCACGCGCAUAAAGAGCGGUGAGGCAGUAGUGGUCAACGCCAACUACCACGACACAUCGCCUUAUCGCUGGGGAGGGAAAUCAGACAUCGAUCUGGCUGUGGAUGAGAACGGCCUGUGGGUUAUCUACUCCACUGAAGCCAAUAAUGGACGCAUUGUGGUCAGCCAGGUCAACCCUUACACCCUGCGGUUCGAGGGCACAUGGACUACAGGCUUUGACAAGCGCGGGGCCAGCAACGCCUUCAUGGCCUGUGGAGUGCUCUACGUCGUGCGCUCUGUCUUUCAGGAAGAUGAAGGCCAAGCCGAUAGCCGAGCUAGCAGCAACAUGGUGGUCUAUGCCUAUGACACCAGCCGAGGACAAGAGCUGCCGGUUCAGAUACCCUUCCCCAACCCUUACCAGUACAUAUCCUCCAUAGACUACAACCCCAGAGACAACCAGCUGUAUGUGUGGAAUAACUACUACAUGCUGAGAUACCCACUGCAGUUCACACCACCUCCACCCACUAAAGGACCCCUCUCAUCCUUGAUGACGACCGUCCGCUCCUACACAGCCACGGUAGCUCUGACUCCUGUGCGGCCAUCGGCCUCACAGCCCAUUGGGGUGAUCAAUAGAAGCCCGUUUGAUCAGCGGCCAAUCACAGCCAUGGUUCCGCUGACCCCACGCCCUCCUCUUCGAGUUCCCUUGGCCCCUGGUGGACCUGGCCAGGUGGGCGGAUGUGAGGGCCGGGUUGCACGAGGUGUUCAGUGGCCCCCCACCCUGAAGGGGGAAACAGUUGAAAGGCCAUGCCCAAAAGGAUCUCUGGGUAUAGCAUCUUAUCAAUGCACUUCAGCUCCAGUUGGCUGGAACUCUGGAGGCCCAGACCUAUCCAACUGUACCUCUCCCUGGGUCAGCCAGAUUUCACAGAAGAUUAAGAGUGGCGAGAAUGCAGCUAACAUCGCUGGGGAGCUGGUCAACCUGACUCGGGGCCGGAUCUACGCCGGAGACGUCAGCAUGUCCGUCAGACUCAUUGAACAGCUCCUGGACAUACUGGACUCUCAACUCCAAGCCUUAAGACCGGCGAAUAAAGAGCCAGCAGCCCGCAAUUACAACAAGCUGCAGAAGAGGGAGCGCACGUGUAAAGCUUACAUUCAGGCGGUGGUUCAAACUGUAGAUAACCUCCUGGGCCCUGAAGCUCUGGUGUCCUGGGCUGAUAUGAACAGCAUUGAUCAGUCCCGCUCUGCCUCGCUGCUGCUAGAUGCUGUGGAGAAAGGAGCUUUUCUGUUAGCUAACAACCUCUAUGAUGGCCGAUUUAGUGACAGAGCACCAAACGUCGAUUUGGAGGUGUACGUGCUGAACACGGAGGCAGACAUACGGGAUUUGGUGUUUCCUGAUUCCUAUUACAGUGACAGCAUCCUACAAAUAUCAGCCCUGGCUCUGCAGCAGUACAGCAACAACGGCCAGGUGAAGUUGGUGCUCUCUCUGUACAAAAAUCUGGGCUCCUUCCUUUCCACCCAAAACUCAACCAUGAGGCUGGGACUGGGGCAGGGCCAGAGUGUGGAGCCGAGGCACAGGAGCCUAGUGGUCAACUCGCACAUCAUCUCUGCCUCUGUGCACAGAGGAUCCAACAGAGUGUACCUCACUGAGCCGGUCAUCUUCACUCUGAGACACCUUCAGCUGGAGAAUCAUUUUGGUCCGAACUGCUCCUUUUGGAAUGCUUCAGGAGUUUCUGGGAGUGGUCGGUGGUCCACACAGGGCUGCCGCCUGUUACAUACAAACAACACUCACACAACCUGCGCCUGCAAUCACCUGUCGAGCUACGCCAUCAUCAUGACGUACCAGCAGCCUGCAUUUGGUGCCGGCGUGGAGGAGCUGCUGGUCUUUGUGAUUUCGUGGGUCGGCAUCUCGGUUGCACUGGUGUGUUUGACUACCUGCAUUAUCACCCUCUGCUGUCAGGGGGCGCCCUGGCAAACUGACCACAGCACGAUCCACUGCAACCUGUGGGCCAACCUGCUCAUCACCGAGCUUCUUUUCCUCAUUGGUGCCAACAGGACAAAGUACACUGUUGUGUGCUCCAUAACUGCUGGUUUACUGCACUUUUCACUGCUGUCAGUGUUUUGCUGGCUGUGCCUGGAGGGGAUAGAACUGUAUCUACUGCAGAGAGAGCUAUUUGAGGGCCGAAACUCCAGACGGAAAUAUUUUUAUCUUUGUGGCUACUCUCUUCCUGGCCUGGUGGUGGCUGUGUCUGCUGCUAUUGACUUCAGAGGAUAUGGCUCAAAGACUGGAUGUUGGCUGCGCACAGACAACUACUUCAUCUGGAGUUUCCUGGGACCUGUAGCUGUCAUCAUCACGUUGAACCUAGUUGUUCUCGUGAUGACCUUGCAUAAGAUGCACAGCACUGCUGCCCUGAAGCCCGACUCCAGCCGCCACGAUAACCUGAGAGCGUGGGCCGUGGGCUCCCUGACACUGCUCUUCCUGCUGAGCGUCACCUGGUCGUCGGGCCUCAUGUUCCUGUCUGGACCGUCUCUGCUUCUGGCGUACCUCUUCUCCUCUCUCAACACGGCCCAGGCACUUCUUAUCACCAUACUUCACUGCACACUCGCCAGGAAGGGCCAGAAGGAUUAUGGCCGCUGCAUACGUCUCUCGCGGUGCUGUGCCGCUUCUGCAUCCAGCUCUCCGGAUUCUGUGAAAGGAGCUGCCCUUCGCUCCAAUAGUCGCUACACCAGCAGUCAGAAUCGCAGAGUCACUGCUAACAGACAAAGUCGCAUCAGAAGAAUGUGGAACGACACUGUUCGCAGACAAACCGAAUCCUCAUUCAUCGCUGCAGAUGUUAAUAACACUCCCACUCUUAACAGAGCUGCUUUGGGGAACCACUUUUUAACCAAUCAGGUGUUGCAGACUCAUGCUGGAGCUUCUCCUUAUGACACCAUGUUGGCCCAGGGAUACAGUCAGCCCUUCACCUCCACAGGAACCUUCAGAAACAAGCAGAAGGGCGUCGUGUCGCAGAGCCAGGAGUCCUGUGGGCUGGACAGUGUGUGUCUCAAUGGAGGGUACACGCCCAACACAUUCACCCUGCACGGUCUCGGGACAACACCUGGCUCCAGAGCUGGUGUGGUGGGCAGCACUGAUCUCCUGAGGGAAGAAGGAGUCGGAAUAGGAGGGGAUGACAUCUCUCCUGGCCUCCUCACUCCACACGGGGCUAAAGAUUUGGCCGGCGGAACCGGAAUGCGUCGCAAUCUGUCUGAUGCCGCAGCGCUGGAAAAAAUGAUCAUCUCAGAGCUGGUGCAGAGCAACCUGAGGCCCUCCGUCGCCAUGCCCGUUCCUCCCGAGCGCUACGGGAGCCUGGCGAGGCCGCACCACCUCGACAGGGCGGCGUUCCCCCACACUGCCACCCUAACUCGACAUGCACAGCAACCACAGGAGAGCUGGUCUGUUAGCAUACAGCCGAGCACGCGGCACAAUGCGCCGGAGGGCUGGGCGCACACGAGGCAGCACACGCAAGACACGGAGACGCUCUCCACCACACGGGGACAAGAUCAGGCCGCGGCGUCACGGCUUAAGGACAGCUGGUCACACGCUCGCGUAUGUGGAGACUCCGAGUCUCGGGAGCUGCUGAAGGACGUGGACCGGUCCCAGCUGCAAGGCACUCUGGGUCGGCGAGGGCAGCAGGAGCGGCAGCAGGCGCGACCCCCUGAUGUCCAGGCUCGGCCCUAUUCCACACUGAGCCGCACGCCGGGUUCUCUGUCCCGCCACCGUGGCACACUGGAGUCCAGCGGGGGGCCGGACAGAGACCGGGACCGCUAUCGGGAGAGACCCCUGCCGCCACCUCCUCCCCCUCCUCCGCAGGAGUCAGAGCCUCUAUACAAAGCCCUGGAGGAGCCGCUGCUCACCAAACAAGCAGACCCCAGCGUGGAGGCGUGGAGGGGUGGCCAGGACAGAGACAAGGACGAGACGUUCCUGCUAAAAAGAGAAAGGAUGAACGAAGAAUGGCGAGGAGAAGCUGAGAGGGGAAGAGAGGAGGCUCUCUCCUCCCACAGGAAAGACGGGGUUCUGGACGAACGAAAAGCUGGCUUUGAAAGAAGCAGAGAAGAGUCGCAAAUGCUGGAGAAGAAAGAUGGCAGGAUGGAGCUGUGGCAAGGAGUGGCAGCCGAGCAGGAGACUUUCAUCACUCAAACGAAAGAUUUUGGGAUGGAGGAAUGGAGAGGGGGAAUGGAAAGAGAAAAAGAGGAAUCCUUUUUCCUGAAGGACAGAGACCGAUGGAGGGAAGCCGUAAACCUAGAAAGGGAGAAACAGAAAGAGAGAUCCCUGGAUGUUUGGAGAGGAGGGAUGGAUUUGGACCGGGAGGAGGCCUUCUUGUUCGCCAGCAAAGAUGGAGUUCUGGAUGAGAGGAAAAGCGGGAAAGGUCGGGGGUCACUGCGGUACCAUGGCGACCGGCAGGAUUCUGACAGCUUCACUCUGCCUUUGACCCCUGACCUCGACCUCGACCUUGAUUCCUCACCGAUUUACGCUCGAGAUUCAAACCCCUCCCCCCUCUAUCCUGGAGAACAGCGCUCGCCACCACUCGGCAUUUUCCCCAGAAACUCCCCCCCGACAAACAUCUUCGCUCCUCGAGAGAAUAACUCCCCGCCCAGCAACCUCUACUCCCGCCACUCCCCACAGGUCUACAGUCGCAGCAGCUCUCCCCCCCGCUUCUACACCCGCAACUCUCCGCCCUCCCUCUCAUACCCGGACAGCAGUCCUGAAGGCGCAGAGGAGGUCAGCCCUACGGGGGGCCAGCCGCAGAGAGCCGCUCUGGAGCUGCCGUACAGCCUGGGGAGACCCCCUCUGGGGCCAAGGCCCAAUCACCUGCAGACCUUCUACCAGCCUCCACCGCUGGGCUCCAGCGGGGAGACGGGGUACUCUGCAGACCCCACCUCAGAGGGCGAGGACGGACAGAUGCAGCGGGUGACCAGCCUGUGACUAGGGCGGUGGUGAUUGGGGCAUAGAUUUCAGGGAGGAGAGGGAAGGCGCUCAGAGUGACGUCCAAUAAAAGGCAAUCAAACAGUUGGAAAUGAUGACAUCAUAAAGGAGAAUGAGUCUAGUUUGUUACCAUGAUGAGAGUUUGUCGAGGGCUCCUCCCUGCUUCUAUUCCCUGAUCACCACGAGACUGUCCCCCCUCUUAAGGUUUUGUUUUUUCCAAUGACAGUCCUCCAUGUUUACCUCCUCCUUUCCUUCUUCCUCUUUGGUCUUACCUGAAACCCUGUUGUGAUGUGUUUCCCUUUAAGUCCAUCGCUGACUUUUCUAUUGCUCCAUUGGCUGGGUGUUACCCCCCCUCCCUGUAGCAAACAGUGUGUCAAAGAAACACUUAUGUGUUGCCAAAAAAAAGUAAAAACCUCUCAAAGAACACGUGCAUGACUUUCAGCGGCUCUGCAGAGCUGCUAACUGUAAGAGGACAUGCUGACGAGUGAGCGCGAGUGAGCGUGUCUAGCUUUAUUAGCAUGUGUGUGGGAGAGAACGUGAGCUUAUGUAAAUCAUUAUUGUAUUGUAUAAUUAAUGUGUCUCAUUGAAGCAUUUUAUCAGUACGUACUGGAGGAGCUCUUUCACACGGCCUCCUGCUCUGAUUUUGACUCUUGACCCGUCAUGACAUACCAAAACCAAAACUUCUGUCCCUUGACCUGCCAGUGACUGUUGGCGGUGGAACUUGUUGCCAAGCAACUGAAGACUUGACUGCAGAGCCAGAGAUCGUAUAAAACCUCAGAACUUUUCUGCAACCUCGUUGUACAUAUCAACCUCAAGUGUUCUGAUUGUCUUGUAUUGCUAUUGAAGUUCAUGUAAACAUGUGAAAUAAAUGCUCCCGUCUUUCUGC